AUGGAGAUAAUUCGUAAUGAAGGGAUUGUUACGGAGAGGAUUAAUAAACGAAUCAAAGAAGAAGAAGAUGAAGUCAGAUUUAGAGAUCUAAUCGCUCGAGUCUCCGCUCACUACAAACAAUACUAUGCCGAAAAAUCGAGAGCAAUUCGACGGAACGUGUUCAUCGUUUUGUCCCCGACUUGGUUGAGCUCGCUGGAGCGCUCGUUCCUGUGGAUCGCGGGGUUAAAACCAGGACUCAGGAGGAGAUUGGAAAGAUUGGCGGCGGAGGUAGGAGGAGAAGAGAGGGAAUUGGAGGAGGAGGUGGUUAGGGUUCAGGGGAGGAUGGCGGCGCUGGUGGUGGUGGAGGCGGCGAGGACGGCGGUGAACGGAGAUGCGAAUCACGUGGAAUUAGUGAUCGGGAGGCUGAGAUCGGCCAUGGAGGAGCUUGUGGAGUGUGAUGAUAAUCUGAGAGUGAAGACAAUGAUGAUGGUAAUGGGGAUUUUGAAUGACAGAUCCGAAUUGCCAAACGUGGAUGAGGAAACGUAUCCCACAAAAUCCGUCCACACACACAUCCCAUAUAUACACCUGUAG